AUGACUGUUACUAGUAUUGUCAAUGACAGUAAGAUCUUGGUUGAUGAUGCUGACUUUCGCCCCCCCGACCGUUUCGCAGCCCCGCUUGCCGUCAAACCCCCUUUCGUCAGUAUCCACACAACGCGAAAUGAUCCUGGUACCGAGUUUGAAACACUUGGGAAGGAUCUCACGGAGGCCAUGAGCGCCUAUGUAGGCUAUCUGAGGGACGAGAAGCUGCCAUUACCCUCUUUGGACCCAAGUGCAGUGGACUCCCCAGCAGUCAAGCAUGCAGACGGACUAGCAAGCAAAGACAAGAUCAUCAAGCUGGCGCAGGAGAUAUGCGCGAGGACGAUGGAUCCGAAGAUGAAUCUUUUGAUCAGCUCGCUGCAGUUUCACUUUUGCUCGUGUCUGCAAACGGCUCUCCACCUGCGUGUCCACGACCACAUCCCGAAGAAUGGAAACGUGGCGGCUAGGGACCUCGCUACUGCCGUUGGUGCGGAAGAGGCACUGCUGACGCGUAUCAUGCGCGUCCUCACAAACAAAUACAUCUUCGCCGAGCCCAAACCAGGCUACUACUCUCAUACAGCGAUGUCCUGGAUGAUACGCGGGCCCAACGAGUACCACCUUCUGGCACACAGACUCGAUGAACCUUUCCGCGCCGCCAGCCGCCAAGCCGACGCCCUCGCCGCCGGGGGAUACCGCGAGCCCCACAGCAACGACCCCUUCGGCUUCCACCUGGCGUUUAACACCCGGCGUAACUUCUGGGGCUAUCUGGCUACCGAGGACCUCGAGCGGGGACAGCGGUUCGCGCGCGCGAUGCAGGCCGUCAACCUGAAUACCCUGGACGUGAUACCGGAGAUGUACCCGUUCAAAAAACUGGUCGCGGACGGAGGCGUGGUGGUCGAUGUUGGCGGAGGGUUGGGGCAGGUAGCCAGGAAGAUCCAGGCCUACUAUCCGGAUAGUGGGCUGCGGUAUAUUGUGCAGGAUGGGUUUGCCCCUAUGGAUUCCACCACCGACGAUGCGUCGGGGGUGGAGAUCCAGCGGCAUAACUUUUUGGAGCCUCAACCUAUCAAGGGCGCCGCGGCGUACUUCUUCCGACACAUUUUUCAUGACUGGCCCGACAGCACAUGCGUGCACAUCCUCAAGCAGACGGCGGAAGCCAUGGACGCCACCCGGAGCCGCAUCCUGAUCUGCGAUCAAAUCAUGGACGAGGCAUUGCCGUCAGUCCCGUCGAUGCUGUACGAUAUCGACAUGAUGACGCUGUUCGGCGGCAAGGAGCGCACCCUGCGGCAAUGGGACGCGCUGCUCAAGGCGGCAGACGAGAGGCUCUAUGUCAGCAAUAUAGUAAAGAAGAUGACCACAACGAUCAUUGAAGUGCGUGUGGGGGAUACCAAGUAG